AAAAACUUUUAAAUUUCAAGUGAACAAAAAAUGGCCAAUAACAAUAAUCUAAAAGAAAUUAUCUGCCAUAAUCUAAAUCAGGCACUUUCAAUGGAUAAAAAUUUACGUGAAAAUGCUGAACAACAAUUAAAUAUGUUGGAAACAAAUGAAGAUUAUGGUCUACAUUUAAUGGAAAUAACAUUGAGUGAAAAUUUAGAUUUUUCAAUUAGACAUUUAGCAUCAAUAAUAUUGAAUCGUUAUAUUACAAAACAUUGGUGUAAUCAAACAGAAAAAUUUGAACCACCUGAAAUAUCUGAACAGGUUAAACAAUUAAUUCGUGAUUAUUUAUUAAAAUCAUUGGUGAUUACUAGCGGCGGUGGUGGUGGUAGUGGUGGUAAUAAUGAUGAAAAUAUUCAUAAAUUAUUAAGUUCAUUUGCACAUUCAAUCAGUAAUAUUGCACAAUAUGAUUGGCCACAACAAUGGCCACAAUUAUUUCCAACAUUAAAUCAAUAUCUAAGUUAUGGUCAACAACCGAAUGCUAUUUAUUCGUCAUUAAAAGUUUUUCAAGAAUUAGCACAUGAAAUAACCGAUACACAGAUACCAGAUAUAGCACCAAUAUUAUUACCACAAUUAUUGAAUAUAUUUAUAUCGAAAAAAUUCCCGAUCCAUACCAGUACAAAAGCAGUGAAAAUUUUUGGUAUAAUUUCCGAAACAAUUAUGGCAAUGAAUGAUUUGGAUAAAAAUGCAAUCAAACAAUAUUUAGCUGAUUAUAUUCCACGGUUUACUGAAUAUGCAAUUGAAGUUCUUAUGACAUCCGAUACCAAUGAUACAGUUGAUAUUGGAAUGAAAAAAGAAAUUAUUUCUAUUCUUACACAAUUGUUACGUUAUUGUCGUAAAUAUAUGAAAGUAUAUUUACCAAAAAUUCUGGGACUGAUUUGGCAACAUUUAACAACAUCAGCACAGAUUUAUGUAAAAUUUAAAGUAAAUUCUUCAAUGGAAAAUAAUGAUGAUUUUAAUGAUACAUUUUCUGAAACAAUAAUUGAUUCAGAUGGUGAAACAAUUAGUUUUGAAAGUUUAAUAUAUUCAAUUAUUGAUUUUGUUAAUUCAACAUUUGAAUUUGCAAAAUAUCGUUUAUUGAUCAAACCUGUACUAUCAGAUUUGUUAUAUUAUUUACUUUGUUUUGUACAAAUGACUGAUGAACAAAUGGAAAAAUGGCAAUCAAAUUUAGAUCAAUUAAUUGAAGAAGAUGAUAUUGAUACGGCUGCAUUUUCAAUACGUAUUGCUGCACAGGAUUUAAUUAUGAAUUUAGCACGUGAUAUGACUACAUUGGAUGAUAAACAUACCCGAAAAGAUGAUGAAUUAUUUAAAAUUGCCUUUUUACAGGCCGUUCAACGGCAUUUUUCUGAAGCAUCUGAAUUGGAAAAAACACAAAAAUCAAGACAAACAUGGAAAAUUAUUGAAUCAUGUCUUUAUGUAAUGGGAAUUCUUUCACCUACUAUUAUUUAUACGAUAAAAAGUGGUAAAAAUACUGCAAAUGAAUACCGAAGUAUUUUGGAUAAUGUUUUAUUAAAUUUAAAUAUGACUGAAUCAUUUAUGGCCGGACGAUCAUUAUGGACAGCAAGUCGUUUUUCCGAAAUAAUGAAUGAUCAAUCAUUGGAUAAUUUUCUACGAAUAACAUCAACAUUAUUGAAUAAUAUUGUUGAUGCACCAAUAUUAAGUGUUUAUGCAUUACGUGCAACAUAUUAUUUUUUUGAAAAUGUUCAAAUUAAUCAACGUGUACAGGUGAUACGGCCACAUUUACAACAAUUUUUACAAGGAUUAAUUACAAUCGGAAUGAAUUGUAAUAGUGAUACACUUUAUCUUGUUCUGCAGAUUAUUGAUUUACUUUCAGAAUUGGAUAAAGAAUUUACUUGUUCAGCAUCAUCAUCAAUUUGUUCAAUUUCAUUAUCAUCAUUUCUUCGUUUUCCUGAUGAUACAAUCAUAUUUGAUGUUGUACUAUCAAUAUUUGAUCAUUUAUUUUCAAUUGAACAAUGUUUUCCUGAAAUUCAAAAACGUUUAUUACCAAUUAUUGUUGCCAUAUUGAAUUCAAAUCCAAAUGAUUCAAAUAUUUUGGAAUUAUUAUCAUCAUCAAGUAAUAAGAUUUCUGCACAAAAUAUGUCAAUAUUACAGCCACAAAUAUUGGAUAUGUUAACAAAAAUUCUUAAUCAUUCAAAUGGUUUGAAUGAUUUUAUGAUUGAAAAAGUUUAUCCAUCAAUGAUUGAUUGUUUAAAUAAAGCAUAUAAAGAUAGUUCAGCAAUAUUUCAAAAUGGUACUGAAUGUUUAAGUGCUUUCCUAAGGAAAGGUUCAGAUUUUUUAGUACGUUAUAUUGAUCCAACAACCAAUCAAAAUGGUAUCAUUUUAGCAUUGAAUAUUUGCAUCAAUUUACUGAAUCCACAUACAUCCGAUUCAUCGGCUGCAUUUGUUGGUCGUUUAAUUGUUAUAUUAAUAAUGCAAUCAAAUCAAAUUAUUGGUCAUGAAAAUAUACAACAUUUAUUACGAUCAACAUUAGUACGAUUAAAUACCAGUAAAGAAUUACCAAUAAUGCAAAGUUUAAUAUUAGUUUUUGCACAUUUACUUUAUAUGGAUUUAUCAACAAUAUUAGUAUUUCUGAAUACAUUACCAGCACCGGAUGGUACAAAAUCAGCAUUAGAAUUUGUUAUGGAUAAAUGGCUUGGUAUUCAACGUUAUUUUCAUGGUUAUGAAAAUAAAGCAUCAACCGUUGCAUUAUGUCGUUUGUUUCAACAUGCAUUACAACAACAACAACAACAACAAGCUAAUACAGCUAAUAAUCAAGACAAUAGUAAUAGUAAUGAUUUAAAUUUUAUCAAUUUAAAUCAAAUUCAAGUUUCUUGUGAUGAUGAAUUUGAUUGUAUGGAUAGUUUGGAACAUACAUCAGCUAGAACACGUUCACAAAUGAAUCAACUGGGAAAAAAUUUGAAACAAAAAAAACGUUUUGUUCCUUGUACAUUGAAAAUAUUGAAAUUAUUGAUUAAUGAAAUGAUUCAUAUUCAAGAAUAUAAAACCGAACAUAAUGAUGAUGAUGAUGACGUUGAAGAUUUCGAUGAUGAUGAUGAUGAUUUUGAUUCGGAUGAAGAUGAUGAUGAUGAUGAUAAUCAACUUGGACAACAUUUAGAUUCAUCAAUGAAAUCAUCAAAUAAACAACAAAUGAUUGAUCUAACUGAUUUAUUAGCUAUGGAAAAUGAUCAAGAUGAUGAUGAUGAUGAUGAUAAUGAAAUUUUAAGUGAAGAAAUUGGUGAACUUGAUCUUGAAAAUGUAUUACGUAAUUUUCUUUGCGAAUUUCGACAACUUCCAAUGGCAAGAGAUUUUAUUGUUCAUUUAACAUCGACCGAAUCAAAUCUAUUGGAACGUCUUUAACGAAAAAA